GAAGUGUUGCGUGGGAUAUAAUUGACGAGACGUUUACACUACCUUUGAUCAGCACUGGGAUGGCUGAUACAGAAGGGAAAACGGUUGGUUCUGCUAACGAUGCAGGGGUCAAGGCUGAGACCAGCGGCACAACAGUAACCUCAGUGGACACCGUCACAAACGCUCCGGGCGAAACCAACAGCGGUGCAGACGGUCACGUCAACGACAAAGCUGAGCAGCAGAGAAUCCAGCUGAAAAAGGCUCUGCAGGUGGGUGACGAUAAACCUUCAGUGGCGUCCUUUCUCUGCGAUGUGUGCGGUGUCAGCCUCAACUCCAAGUCUCAGUUGGAGCAGCACCUGCUCGGGGGAAAGCACCAACGCGCGCUAGAGCAGCAGAACAAGUCGGGAACUGCUAGUCCGACUGUCGCACCCAUCUCCGCGCAGAAGCACAGCAAGCCGACAAAUCCGACCAUUAGCGAAAAGCCGCAGCCUUCUCAGCAGCCUGGCAUGCCACUCCCUCCCUACAUCCAUCCGACCCGACAGUCGCAGUCCGGUCCCCCUGGUACUGGCAGCAUGCUGGAGAAUGGCUGGUUCUACUGCAGCUCAUGCGACGUCACCGUAAACUCGGCCUGCCAACUGCAGCAGCACUUAUCCAGUAGGCGCCACCUGGCGGGCGGCAGGUCGGGGAAGUCAGCUGACGAGACUUCGAAGCAGGGGAAUCCUCCCGCGGGCAAGGCAGCUACCCGGGUCGCCGGUGCGUCCGUGGGGCAAGAAGCUCUGUCGCUUAACGUGACCGGAAAUCUGUUCUGCAAGGUGUGCGACGUUGCUACCAACUCUGUCAUUCAGUAUGAGCAGCACAUGGGCAGUCAGAAGCACAGGGAUCGGGUCAACGGCGAGCCCCCGAAGCAGUGGAAGGCGAAAUCAUCUAAACCAUCGCAAGCCGCGAGUCAGCCGUUCGGCAGCAGACCAGGGCAACCGUAUUACUACAAGCGACCCCAGGAGGAGUGGAUGGAUGCAAACAGCAGUGAGACGGAUCCGACCAAUCAGUCAAAGGUCGAUCAAUAUCUGACCAACUUCGCAGAGCAGCAGCCACUCUCGGCCAGAGACCAGAUUAUGAGGUAUAAUUGCACCAUAUGUAACGUGUCGUUGAAUUCCCUCAAGCAGAGAAAUCAGCAUAUGGAGAGCAAAAAACACAAGGAUCAGGAAAGCAGGGUAGGCUCAGGUGGUCCUACUUUGGAUCCGAGUGGAGCAGAUGGCUUACACCAGGCAGAAGGUGGAUGGGAGCGGGAGUUAGGGUGGACCCAGUCCAAAGAAUUACCUGUGUGGCAUGCAGAAUCUGGCUGGGAGCAACAGGAUAAGAAAUCUGACUUUAUCAUGGAUUACUUGCCAAACCAAGAGCAGCAAGGUUUAGGGAGAAACAACUCAAGCGGUACAGAGAGCUGGGGAAACCCACACCAGGAACAGAUAAAAACUAAUUCAAUAGGAAAGUGGAAUACACCAAUGGCAUCUUCCAAUGAUGCCAGACCACCAACUGCGACAGAAAACUGGAGCUCUGCCCAGCAUAUGCCUCAGUGAAUUACAUCUCAAGAAAGUUCAGUCAUCACAGUUGUCUAAAAAAUCCUGAUUACGUUGAAUUUAUGAAGUUUUGGCAAUGAAAUUUCAAUUAUAGGCUGCAUGAGCUGAUGUUGUAGUAGUUGUCUCUAGUUUCACUCUCAUAGAAUCACUUAUUCAAAAUUACACAUAUAUAUAUUAUCAGUAGUUAAUAAAGACAAACUUUCUUAUUGUUCUUAUUGUUGUCUUUAUUAACUCCUGAUAUUAUAUAUAUAUAUAUAUAUCGUUAUUACAUUAAUACAUGAUAUAUAGAUAUAUUAAUCAUGUCCUGUUUAUCCUGCGAACAAGUGAGCUGAGUUAUCACAAUUUAUUAUAUUAUUGGUAAGCAAAAUUUUUUCAUUGAAAUAUUUCCUGUCUAUAAGUGCAUAUUAUCUGUUGUGUAUGUUGCAUGUUGCUAUACGUGAGGGUCAUGAUGGGUACUUCAGAUCUCAGUAAGGAAUUAAUAUUUGGACCUUUACUCAAUUCUCAUGAUGAAAUUGGGGCAAUUGUCAUUAUUCAGUAAAUAUUUCAAUUUCUUACUAUUUCACGCCUCACUAUACCCCAUCAGAACUCAACUGCUUGUAUUUACUGUAGCAUAGAUUCAUAUAGUAACUUGUGUGUAUGUUCGAUCAGAGACAAAAAUAUUAUGGCCAUAUACCAUAUAUAUUUACGCACUGCAUGUUGUUCAUGAUUAGGUACAUUGUUCUCUGUGCAUAUGUAUUCUAUUCAGUAAUCAGACUAUGCACAUGCACAUAUACAGGGUAUACUCUAAUAUUUAAUGAUGCCUUUGCAGGAAAUUUGUACCAGCAAACAAAAAACUGAUACAAGCUAAUUAUUUUAAACAGUAUAUUUGCACUUGCAUAUAUAUAUGUAUGAUUGCUACAGAUAUGCUGAAAGGUUUUAUUAUUGCUGCUUUUUACUCGUUUCCACACAGUUAUGACACAGUGUUACCAGCAAUUUUUAUAGUUUUAUUUACAAAGCUUAUGUUCAGGUAAUGUUAUUUUUGGUAUUUUAACAAAUGUUACAGAAAUAACAAAUUUUUUGUGAAGGCUUCUUUAACAUUUCGACCUGUUAUAUACGUAUAGCAUAGUUAUAGCAGAGUGUCAUCUCGUAAAUGUAGCAUAACUGUUUUGAGGAAUACAAAUAAAACUGUACAUUGAUUCUUGAAGUU